AUGUUAAAGACAAGGAGAACAAAAGGGAAACAACUGCAAGAAAAUGAAGUGAGGGAAAAAGAACUGGAUAAAUCUGCAAGAAAAUUAAAACGACAAAAUUAUGAUGUUAAAGACAAGGAGAACAAAAGGGAAACAACUGCAAGGAAAAUUAAAAGACAAAUGAUGAAGCAAAAUGAGAGGUUGGAUGAUAAACAAAGGAAAGGAGAAAAAAGAAAGAAUAAAGAAUAUUGCAACAAGGAAAAUGAAAGAAUUAGACAAAGACAGUUUGGAAUAAACGUACAGGAUUGCAUUCACAAUUUUCAUGAACAGAUUAAGCAUGGUCCAGUUUUUGUGUGCUCAUGUUGUCAUCAAACAUGGUUUAAAGAAAGUGUUUUAAAAGUAGAAAAUACUAAACUUGAUGACACAAGUAAAAGCAAAUAUCUUACGUGUAUUACUUCUGUUGAUAAUGCAGAAUGGAUUUGCAAGACUUGCUAUUCUUCAGUUAGAGAAAGAAAAAUCCCAAAGCUGUCUGUUCUCAAUGGUAUGAUAUGGCCUCCCAAGCCAAGAGAAUUAGAUUUGUUUUCAUUAGAAGAGAGACUAAUAUCACUUCGAAUCCCCUUUAUGCAGAUUAGGGAGUUGCCAAGAGGUGGACAAUAUUCUGUCAAAGGAAAUGUUGUGAAUGUUCCUGUUGAUAUUCAACCUACUGUUAAUAGCUUGCCUAGAAAGAUGGAUGAAAAUAUCACAAUUCCUGUUAAGUUGAAAAAAAAGUUGUCUUACCAAAAAUGUGAUUAUCAUGAAAAUGUACGACCAACAAAAGUACUGAUUGCAUUACAUUGGCUUUUGAACAACAGUGACUUUUACAAGAAUGCAAACAUUAAUGUUGAUGAUAGCUGGUUUCAAGAAAUCACAUCUUCUGCAAAUGAAAUUGUUCAAGAACUAGUGCAAACACAAGCAAAAAGAGAUCAAAGUACUGGUAAUCUUGAGACCGAUGAAGACGAUGAUGACGAUGAGUAUUGUGAAGUAGACGGAGUUGGUAGAGAUGGUAAUUGUGAUACUCUUUUAGAUGAUGCUUCUCAAGACAUGAAUCAGAUAUACACCUUUGCUCCAGGAGAAGGACAACGUCCCCUUAGUUUAUAUCAAGAUCAGACUGCAGAAUAUUUAUCAUUUCCAACAAUAUUUUGUGGAAAGGGAAGAUUACAAGACGAUGAAAGACAAGUACGUGUCUCGUAUGCAGAUAUAGCUAAAUGGGAAUUGAGAAGUGUUGAUAGACGUGCAGCCCAGUCUGUUCCAAAUUUGUUUUUUAAGUUGAAAAAAAUACAAAUGAAACAAGUUACAGAUAAAUGCAACCUGGCUCUUCGGAAAUGCAAAACCAAAGGAAGAUCUAUCACAGCAAAUGAAAUUAAAAAUCCUGAACAUGUGAAUAGCCUUGUUAGACAUGAUGAAGGUUUUUUUGUGUUUAGACAGUUACGAAAUUCACCUGCAUAUCUUGAAACAAGAAAAAAGGAUGUAUUUGCAAUGAUAAGACAAUUGGGUUUACCAACAUGGUUUAUGUCUCUGUCUGCUGCAGAUACAAGAUGGAAUGAUCUCAUUAGAGCACUUGGAGUGUUAAAUGAUGGAAAGGAAUACACUGAUGAAGAAAUCGACAACAUGACUUGGUUUGAAAAAUCAAAACUAGUACAGAAGGAUCCUAUUACAUGCACUAGAUACUUUGAUCAUAGAUUCCGUAUGUUCAUGAAUUCAGUAUUGAGAAGUGACCACCAUCCAAUUGGUGUUGUGAAAGACUUCUUUUAUAGAAUUGAAUUUCAGCAAAGAGGAUCACCACAUGUUCAUAUGAUUGUUUGGAUAGAAAAUGCACCAAAAUAUCAUGAAAAUAAUGAACAAGAGAUAGUGAAUUAUGUAGACAAUUACUUGAAAUGUGAAAAGAAUGAAGAUGAUUUGACUGGCUUACAAGUACACAAACAUUCACAAACAUGUAAAAAAAGAAGUAAAGCUGUAUGCAGAUUUGGUUUUCCCCUUCCUCCUCUUGAAAAGACCUUGAUUUUGGAGCCACUUGAAUGUGAGGUUGACAAAUAUAGGAAAAUGUAUGAUGAAAUUCAGAAACAGUUAAAUGAUAUGAAAAAUGGAUGCGAUUUGUCCUACAAGGAACUCCUAAGCACUGUGUUAAAGAUAUCUGAGGAAGAUUACAUUAAAUGCAUUAGAAGUUCACUGAGAGGUCCAAAGGUUUUUCUAAAACGAAAUCCAUGUGAUAUGAGGGUAAACUCAUACAACAGUGUUGUUCUUGAUGCUUGGAGAGCUAACAUCGAUAUACAGUAUAUUUUGGACCCAUAUGCUUGUGCUAUGUACAUUGUUUCUUACAUAAGUAAAUCUCAAAGAGGGAUGAGUGAUUUACUAAGCAGAGCAGCAAAGGAAGCUAGAGAAGGAAAUCUUGACAUUAAAAGACAGGUGCGCCACAUUGGAAACCAUUUUCUCAACAGUGUUGAAGUUGGAGCACAGGAAGCAGCAUAUUUAGUGUUACAAAUGCCAAUGACAAAAGCAUCAAGAGAUGUAGUUUUUAUCAACACAAGUCCAUCAGAUGACCGAGUAAUUCUCAUCAAAACAGAUGCAGAAUUAGAAAAAUUGACACCAAAUUCUACAGAUGUGGAAUGUAGCAAUAUAAUUAAACGGUAUGCAAAACGCCCAAAACAGCUUGAAAACUGGUGUUUAGCUGAUUAUGUAUCACAACUAGAUGUUGUAUUCCCAAAAGAUGAUGAAAAGGAGUUGAUUGAAAAGGAAGUGAAUGAUGAUGAUGAUAAGAACAAUAUGUCAAAUGAUGAGGAAGAGAAUGAUUCAGAUCUUGACUUUGGUGAAAGUGAUACACUUGUUACUUUGAGAAACGGCAUAAAAAUUAGACGACGAAAAGUGCCAAGGGUAAUUAGAUAUGUGCGUUUUAAUAUCAAAACGGAUCCAGAAAACUACUACAGAGAAAAGCUUAUGUUAUUUUUGCCUUGGAGAGUUGAAUCGGUUGAUCUAAUAUCUGGAACUGACUCAUUUGAGAAAUCCUUUAAUCGUAGGAAAUCCUUUUUAACAAACAAAGUCAAGGAAUAUGAAUACAAUGCUGAACAGCUUGAUGCAGCUCUGCAAAUGGCAAGUGAGGAUUUUUCAGAAGCUUAUGAUGAAUUGGCACCAAAUGCUCAACAAACAGAAGGAGAGGAUGAAAAUGAAGGAUCUCGUGAAUCUGAGAACUUUGUCCCAUUUAAUCCUGAGAGACCAGUUGAACAAAGACAGUAUGAUUUAGGUUCUGAUAUAGGCAUUCCAUCAACAAGACAAAUAACAGAAGACAGUUCUGUUAGAUUAUCAGACAGUGAAUACUUGAAACUUUUAAGAAGUCUAAAUGUAAAGCAGCGGGAAUUUUUUAAUCAUGUUGUGCAGUGGGUCAAAACAAAGAAAGAACCUAUUUAUACAUUUUUAUCUGGAGGUGCUGGUGUUGGCAAAUCUGUUUUGAUAAGGGCACUUUAUCAAGCUCUGCACAGAUACCUAUGUUCCACAGAAGGUGAAAAUCCAGAUGACAUAAGAAUACUUCUGUGUGCUUAUACUGGCAAGGCGGCAUACAACAUUGGAGGAGCAACUAUAGCAUCUGCUUUCCAUCAAAAAAUUAAUCAAAGUCAACAAAGUUUGCACUCUGACGAAUUGAACACUUUUCGUACAAAGUACCAAAACCUGAAAGUAAUCAUUAUUGAUGAGAUAUCAAUGGUGGGAAACAGAUCAUUAGCACUCAUUGACAGUCGUCUACAACUUCUCACAGGCAUCAAGAAACCAUUUGGUGGUAUAAGUAUCAUUGCUGUUGGUGAUUUUUUCCAACUUAAGCCUGUGAUGGACCGUUGGAUCUUUCAGGAUUUAAAUCAUGAUGCCCAAGUUCUUGCAAGCAAUCUUUGGAAGGAGCAUUUUUCUAUUUUUGAGUUGGACGAAAUCAUGCGCCAAAAAGAUGAUAUUGAGUUCGCUCAACUUCUGAAUCGCCUUCGUUACAAAAUUAAUCAAUGA